CAGGCAUGCGCAUUCAUUAUCACAGAAGUUGAGGCAGUGUUUCCAGAGUUUGAUGGCUUUUUCAUUUUUCAUUUCUUUGCCCUCAAAGACUGUCUAGGGUUCUGAUAACAUCAAGAAUGUGACAGAUGUGAAAAAAAAUGUGAUUUCCUCAGCACCAAGACAUGUCGAAAUUAAUUGCAAAGAACAAGAGCAAAAAGCUUGGCCUGUUCAAGUUUCGGAAAAGUACAACUGAUCUAUCCGAGUGGAACAAGAAUGAUGAGAAGCUACUGAAGGCCAUUGAAAUAGGGGAUGUAGACAAGGUCCAGUCCCUGCUACAAAAGAAGACCCUGGUCCCCACCAAACUGGGACCCCGGGGACUGUCUGUAUUCCAUGUUGCCUGUGCCUCGGGACAAAUAAAGAUUGUAGACCAGUUACUACAGUAUGGAGCGGAACCCAAUGUACUCACUAUACAAGGUUGCACUGCCCUCCAGCUUGCUGCCAGCAAUGGGUGGCCCCAGGUGGUCCACAAACUGGUCCAGAUUGGAGCGGUGGUGGACCACAAGGAUGGUAAUAACCUGACGGCGCUCCACCACGCCUGUAUGGACGCCAAGUACGAGUGUGUCCAGGUCCUGCUCCGAAGCGGCGCCGACAUCAACAUCAAGGACAAGACGGGGAAGACCUGCCUCUUCUAUGCUGCACACUGUGGAGAUUUCAACAUUUGUAAGGAGCUCCUGGACAAAGGAGCAGACGUCAACACUUUUGACAAUCAUAAAGUAACGCCUUUAAUGGCUGCCGCGAAGAAAGGUCGCACAGACGUCUGCGAGUGGCUACUGAAAAAAGGAGCCGAUCGAAAUUUUACUGACGUUCAAGGUCGGAAAGCAUUGGACUAUGCAAUGGAUGAAGGCCAUAAUGAGAUCAAAAGAAUCUUUGAAAAAGCCCCCACUAGGGCCUCUUGGGACUUACAAAAUGAUAUCGGUAAAUCGAAACCAAUGCAAGGGGCCGAGGGUGGAUAUAAUGUCGUCGCAGAUGAAAUGGUGCACCCAGACCAGGCUGAUGUGGUCGAGUUUGUACAGGAACCCUCCCCAAAACCCUCCCCCAAACUAGAACACAGGAACGUGGUCGAAGAGGAAUCAUCACUGAGGACCCUGUCAGUGGCCAGUUCUUCCACACAGAGCUCAUCUGAGCAACAGCAGCAGCAACUUCAGCAACAGAGGGCGAUGGAGGCCUACAAGGCAUGUAGUACACAGGAAUUAGAAGAAGAACAUGAACAACUGAAUGAGGACUUAAACAAGUUAACUCUUCAGAACAGAAAGUUACAAGAUGAAGUUGCUCAACUCAGAAAUCAUCUGGAGCAAAAGGAAUCUAAUAUACUUCCUGCAAAUGAUAAACUUGAGAAGAUGCAAGAACAAAUUGAAAUACUUGAGGAUGCAUUGUCUGUAGAAAAAGAGAAGAACCAGGAAUUACAGGAGAGACUCUCGGCCAAUGAAAAACAGGGUGCUAACAAGGAAGACAGUGGAAACACAGCCGACACCUGGAAUGAUAAUGAGGAAGAACUAUUUGACACCCUAGAAAGGAAACCUAAGACAGAAGACAAGCAAACAAUAGCAAUGCUAAGGAGCAAGAUUUAUACCCUUGAACAAGAACUGGAGCAGCAGAAAAACCAAAAGGAAGAGGAGAAACCACAGACAAACAGCGUGAACGACUCUGUGGAGGACGAGUCUCUGGAUCUGGUCGCACAGUUAAAGGCGGAGCUGGAGGAGAUGCAAGAACGGGUCGAUGCGCUGGAGGAGGAAAACAAGGCCCUGUCUGAUCAAGUGCUAAGCCAACAAGCUGAAGUUUUGAAGAAGAUGAGAGCAGAAGAGAACAAAAAGGAGGAGAAAUUGAAAAAGCAGGGAAUGGUAAAUGGGGUUGAAGGCUUGGAAGGAAGUCCAGACACAGAUGUGGUUCAAGAACUUUCGGAGGAAAAUGAGAAACUGGCAGAGGAGCGUGACACCCUUAAACAGGAUUUAGAAAACCUAAGAGACACAUACGACAAACUAGUGCAGGCAGGGGACAACCUUCAGGAUAUGUAUGACCAGUUGUUGAUGGAGAAAGACCAGCAGUUCGAGGAGUUUGAGAAACUUAUGCAAGAGAAGGAAGAAAUUGUGAAGGAAAAUGAGUUUCUUCUGUCAGAUGGCAAUGCCAUGCAUGAUGACUUGGAGAAGCUUGUUAAUGAGCUGGAAAAGCUCCAAACAAAGUUAAAGGAAGUGUCGGACGAAAAGGAGGACUUAGAGAGGAAGCUCAGUGCUACAAACGUUUCUGGGAAAGCCAGUGAGAUGGCUAAAGUCAUGGAAGAGAGAGACAAGCUCAAGACGGAGAAUGAGGAAUUACAAGCAGAGAAUGAGCGCCUGAAACAUGACCACGAUGUGGUGUUGGAGGAAGUUCAGAACCUUCAGGAACAAAACCAGAUCCUGCAGAAAGAACAGGACCAAAUACAGGCAGACUUCGAGGACGCUCAGAACGAAUUUGACCAGCUCACUCAGAAUCAUGAAACUCUGCAGCAGGACUAUAACCAGCUGGAGCAGGAUUAUUCUGAACUGCUCCAGGAUAAGGACAAACUGGAACAGGAGUUCUUGGAAGUCCAGACAGCCAGUGUUCAAGUGGAGCAGCGUAAUCCCAUCUUGCAGGAGGAGAAAGAACAGUUGCAGCAAGAAUAUGAAAUCCUGUCCUACGAGAAGGAGCAGCUAGAAAUGACAAUCAAGGAGCUAUCCAAGAGUAAUGCUCUUCUGGAGGAGGAGAAUUCAAAGGUUCAGAAAGAGCUGUCCAGCACCAAGGAACGGCUCCAGAAAGAAACGGCAGCCAACAACCACGUGCAAUCUGACCCCUCGGCAGCAGACAAAGAGAAGCAGAUAAAGUCACUCCAAGUCCAAGUCGCUCGUCUCCAACAACAACUCGCUGAAACUGAUCGCCACCACAUGGACGUCAUUAACACUUACAGAACUCACCUGAUCAGUGCUGUACAGGGGCACAUGGACCCAGAUGUCCAACAAGCUUUAUACAACAUCAUAGAGUUGCGCAGCAUGGAGGAAUACUGCUGAUGGAAACUAGGAGAAUACUACCAAACUUAAUGUACCAAACAAGAUUCUCAAGUGUGACAACCAGAGGGAGCUGCGCCACUUUUUUGUGUUGGAGGGACAUUAAAUGGGGGAAGUGAAUUAUUCUCUUUUUGAAAAGAGAUGUUUCAACUUCGAAAAUGCUUGCCAUGGAAAAGUUCUUCUUUUUUUUUCAAAUUUUCUAAUCUCAGUUAUUUUCUUGUUUUAAAAUUUUAGAGUUUUGCAAAUAGAUGAUUUUUUUUCCAUCAUACUUCAGACUACACGAAUUUUGAGUGUUAUGUACUGUUAUAACAAUUCAUUAUAGAAUUUUUAUUGAUGAUCAAUUUAAGAAUAUUUAGUUUGUUCAAGUGAUGUACUAUAUUAGACGGGACAAUCCAAGGUUGUUCAGAAUCGCAAUAAACUCAGGAAACUAUUGCAAACUCAUACUCAUUCCCCCAUGCUUUAUAUAUUUUCAUACACUGACCGUUUUAAUACCAUAUUUUGUACAACAGGUUUUUUAUUGUAUGCUUGGUUGUAAACAUAUACAGUAAAUGGACUGAGAAGGUGAUUAAUUUAAGUGUUUGAAGAUUUUUUUAUUUGUUGUUUAUAUCCCUAUGAAGCAAAGGUGCUGGGUUUGUUAAAUAUAUUAAGCAAGUUUUCAGUUUUAUGAAAUAUCCAUUGAAACAUAUUUUUUUACACAUUGGAAAAAAAAUUAUUUAGCAUACUGGUGUACACUUUAAGUUCAUCUAGUUCACUUUCAACAUAGGGUAUCGGUAUGUGUUAUUUUCCCUUUGGAAAAAUACUCAAAAACAUCUGAAAUUCAGAUUAACAGAAAUCUCUUUACUUACUUUUAUUGGAAAAAUUUAUGCAAAUGAAUUAUCACUUCAUUCUUUGUUUUAUAUAUAUAUAUGUAUGAAUUGUUUAGAGUAUUUGAUAAGUUACAAAUUGUGUCUUCCCAUGUGUAUGUACAUGUAAUAAGUUUAUUAUCUAUUUAUGUCAAAAGGCACAUACCAGGAUUAAGGAGGUCUUUUUAUCUUUUACAUACUUGUUUUGAUGAUAAUUAAUAUGAAUUUAAGGGUAAAAAUACACCAUUUUAUCAGUGUUAUACAGCAUAGAUGAAAUAAUUUUAUAAAUAAUCAGAACACAAGUUUACUGUAACAGUGAUUAAAUCUGUUUUUUAAUUUUCCUCUCGGCUGCAGCAAAAGUUGUUCCUUAUUUGAUUGUUGCAACUAAAGGUAAUUUAAAUUGAAUUUGUUUUUUUUGUGUAUGAACUCCACAUUCCAAGUACCAUGUACAUGUCAAUGAAUUUGUCUUGCAUGUAUACAUGGAUUAACAUUGUUAGAUUAUUAUUCAUAUUAUUUUUUUUUAAGGGGAAAAGGGCGGGUUAAAAUGACUAGUAAGUAGACUAUACAGAGAAAUCUUGUUUCCAGAAUUGGAUUGUUGUUUUCAACUUCUUCUAUAGGAAUGCUUAGUUUAAAGAUUUCAUAUGCAACGAGCUUUAAGUACGAGUACUAGGAAAAUGUACUGGUAUUCAUUGCCCUAUAAACCAUGCAUAAAAUGGCAUGCACAUAGAUUUGAUUGUUCUUGGCUGUGAUAAGAGAACUGAACAAAAAAAAGGCAUUCCAAAUGUGUACACCAAUGCUUUGAACAAAUUAUAACAUAUCAAGAGAGAGUACUUUUUCAUUCCACAUAUUUACAUAUUUGAAAUGUUGGCCAGAGUCAAUCAACUUGCAUAUGUAGCAAAUUUAUUUUGUGUGUUGGUAAAUAUAUGUAAUACUAUCUAUAUUGCAAUAUAAAAGUAUAUUUUUACACCUAAAACUUGGUUAAUGAAUACAUGUUUAAAUUUGUAUUAUUUGACAAUGUAUGAAUUUCAAAAUAAUCCUGAAGUAAACAGGAAAAUGAUA